GUUAUUUUAAUAUUUAGUAUUGUUAUUAUGAUACUUAUAUGUUUAACUAUAUCAAUGACAUUAGCAGCAUUACUUUCAACCUUAAUUGUAUUGGUUGUGCCUUUAAUAAUAUGCACAAUUAUUUUGUUAUUUGUAUUAAGAAUAAAAUAUUCAAGUAAAAGAGACAAAAAAAAUAUAUCAAUUGGUUUCUUCCAUCCAUAUUGCACUGCAGGAGGUGGUGGUGAAAGAGUAUUAUGGUGUGCAAUUAAAUCAUUACAAGAUUCAUACCCAGAUAUUAAAUACUAUGUUUAUACAGGUGAUAAAGAAAGCGAUGAACAAAUUUUUGAUAAAGUAACAUCAACAUUCGAUAUUCAAUUAAAUAGAGAAAAUUGUAAAUUUAUAAGAUUAACUAAAAGAAAAUGGGUCGAAGCAUCAACCUACCCAAGAUUUACAUUAAUUGGUCAAAGUUUAGGCUCAAUGAUUUUGGGUUGGGAAGCAUUAAAUCUAUUUAAUCCAACUAUAUUUUGUGAUACAAUGGGUUAUGCUUUCACAUUCCCAAUAUUUUCACUUAUUGGAGGUUCCAUCGUUUCAUGUUAUGUCCAUUAUCCAACCAUUAGUAGCGAUAUGAUUUCAAAAGUCGAAUUAAAUUCAGAAUCAUUUAAUAACGAUAAAUCAAUUUCAUCAAAUAAAUAUUUAACAUUUGGUAAAUUAAUAUAUUAUAAGAUUUUUGCAAAGAUUUACUAUUUAGUUGGUAGUUUUUCAAAAUUAGUUAUGGUAAAUGGAACUUGGACAGGUAAUCAUAUUAAAAAUAUUUGGAAAAAAGAAUAUGGAAAGAAUUUAUUUAAAUUAUACCCACCAGUUGAUGUAGAGAAUAGAAAGGAGUUACCAUUAGAUUGGAUGAAUAGAAAGAAUAUGAUAUUAUCGAUUGCACAAUUCCGUCCAGAGAAAAAUCAUUCACUUCAAUUAGAAACAUUGGCACAUCUUUUACAAAAAUACCCAAUUCACAAGAAUCAAUUAAGAACUAAAUUAGUUUUAGUUGGUGGUGUUAGAGACCAAGAUGACCGUGAUCGUGUUAGUGCUUUAGAAGAGUUGGCUAAAAAAUUAAAAAUCGAAGAUCAUGUUGAAUUCAAAAUUAGUAUUCCUGCAAAUCAAUUAAAUCAAUUAUUAGGCGAAGCAUCCGUUGGUAUCCAUACUAUGUGGAAUGAACAUUUUGGUAUUGGUGUUGUUGAAUUAAUGGCUGCUGGUGUAGUACCAGUCGGUAAUAACUCUGGUGGUCCAAAAGAAGAUAUUAUCAAAAACGAAGAAACUGGUUUCCUUGCAACUACAAAAGAAGAAUAUGCCGAAUAUAUCCACGAGAUUUUAGCCUAUCGUGAAAAGUAUAGAGACAUGCAAAGAAAAGCCAGAGAAUCAACCGAAAGAUUCUCCGAAUCAAAUUUCAAUUCUCAAUGGUUGAUGUUAAUUAAACCAUUAAUAGAUAAAUGCAAUAGUGAAAAAUCAAAAUUAGAUUAAUAAACUAGUAUAAUUUUUUUUU